ACACCCUCUAACCGCUGUGGGAAUCACUGUGGGUUUCUCCUCUUUCUCAGGCAGCUGUUCGUGGACGCGGACGGGAACAUGCUGAUGGAAGGAGACACUGUGAAGUAUGAGAAACUUGCAGACACCCUGGAGAAGAUAGCAGAGCGUGGAGCAGAGGAGUUCUACACAGGAGAAACAGCCAGAGACCUGAUCAGUGACAUACAGGAAGCAGGUGGUACUCUCACUCUGGAGGAUCUGCGCUCAGUUGAGGUGACUGAGUCGGAGGCCUGGAAUGUGUCUCUGGGCAAUUACACCAUGUACUUCCCACCUCCGCCUUCAGGGGGAGCGUUGGUCAGUUUCAUCCUCAAUGUUAUGGAAGGCUAUAAACCAACCCCAGCAUCUCUAGAAAGAAAAGAGCGUGUGCUGACCUACCAUCGCUACAUAGAGGCCUGUAAGUUUGCUAAAGGACUGAGGAAGUUCAUGAGAGACCCCAGAUUCAACGACAUAACGGACGCCUAUAAAAUCAUUCAGAAGGAGUUUGCUGACGACAUUAGAAAGAAGAUCACAGAUGACAGAACCCACGAUCCUGAGUACUACAGCGUUACUCCACCCGUGGACACACUGGGCACAACUCACAUAUCCGUUCUUGAUAAGGACGGAAUGGCUGUGUCCGUCACCAGCUCCAUCAACUUUAUAUUCGGGUCUGGAGUUUAUUCAGCCAAAACAGGCAUCAUCCUCAACAACAUGCUGACAGACUUCUGCAAGCAAAUAGACAAGGUUCAAGCUGGUGAACGUCCUCCCUCGUCCACGGCUACGAUGAUCAUUCGCUCCAAAGUUACAAACCACACUGUGGUCAUUGGAGGCUCAGGGGGUACGAUGAUCACCACUGGGAUGAGCAUGGCGCUAAUGAACUUCCUGUGGUUCGGGAAGAAUCUGAAUGAUUCCAUCUCUGCACCCGUCGUGACUGCGAUCGACAAAAAGGAUCUCAAUUUUGAGUGCGAAUUCGACAAGGAGGUCAGGGUGGCUCUAAGAGUACUCGGGCACAAAAUCCCUAUUUACCAAAAUGCAGUCAACGCACUAUCGAAGAAAAAUGGAGAAUGUAUCGAGGCUGUUUCAGACUCGCGGAAGAAGGCCAUAGCUGCAGGAUACUGACCUCUUCUUAAAGGGCCCAUAUGUGAUUUUCUUUUGUCUGAGGUUCACUUCAAAGUCCACUAUCAGAUUCUGCCUCCGUAACCUGAAGCUUUUUGGAAGAAUUCCACGAAAGAAGAAGCCACAAAAUGCAGCGCCUGAACUGGAGCUCCAAACGGAAUCGUGUGAGGUGGUCAAAUAAAAAAAAAAUGUAACUUUUUUGUCAUGCAAGGGGCGAUUCUAAUAAAUAUAUAAUAUUUCUCAUA